AUGAGUGAUUACUUUGAAUUAUUAAGUGCUGAAACAUAUGAAGAUUAUUUAAAACUUGUUAACGUAGAGGUUCAUCAAAAUAUUUCUAUGUGUCAAAAUAUUGCUAAAGAAUAUCAAAAAUUAAAGAUAGCAUCAGAAAAAGAAAAACAUGAAUCACAAAUUAAAUUAAAUGAAUCAGCCAAACCAUAUUAUGAACGUAGAAAAGCUAUUAUUAUGGGAGCACCAUUAACAGAUGAAGAAAUUCAAGGAUAUCAAGCAAAUAAUGAAUGUCCAGCAAAUGAAAGUUCAGAAUAUCAAAAUGGAGUACCAUGUUUUUGGCUUCAUGUAUUAAAGAAUUCAGGGAUUUUUGAUGGGUUAUCAGGAAAUGAAGAAGAUUCAAUCAUAUUAACUUAUCUUCAAGAUAUUAAUGCUGAUUAUUUUUCAACAGAAGAUUGUACAUUAAAAGAUGGAACACCAACAUUACUUUUUAAAUAUAAUGUUAACUUCUUAUUUGGUAAUAAUCCAUAUUUAAGAAAUAAUCAAAUAACAAUUCAAAUUACAUAUAAGUUAGGAGAUAUUGAAGGAGAAUUUGAAGAACCAAAAAUUAAUACAAUUACACCAUUAGAUUGGGUUAAAGGAAAAGAUCCUCGAUUUAAAAUUACACGAAAAAAAACAAAUAAAAAAGGAAGAAAUCAACAAGAAACAAAAGUUGAAUCAUUUUUUGAUUUAUUUUAUCCACAAGAAUUAGCAUUAAAUAAUGAUAUUAAUGAUGAUGGAUUAAUUGAUGAAGAAGCAUUACCUAUUCAUGAUAUGUUCCAAGCAUUACUUACAUUAAUUAAUGAAGUAAUUCCAGCUGCUGUAAAUUAUUUUGAUGAAACAUUAUUAAAUGAUGAAGGAGAAGAUCUUGAUGAAGAUGAUGACGCUUAUGACGAAAAACCAAUAAAACAAAUUAUUGACGGAAAACCAUCACAAGAUGAUUCUAAUACACAACCAGCACCUCAAGAAUGUACUCAACAAUAA